AUGAACAAUCCGAAUUUCUUAAUCAAUUGUCCCGGUUGUGAGGUGAACAUAACGUACUCCGAAAUGAAUGCUCAUUUCGAGGUUUGUGAAGGAUGGGGAACGUUCUCCGAGGAAAGGAAGUUGUGCCACACUAAUGAGAUUCACUACCGUAAAAAAAUCACCGAUCUUGACAAUCUCUUGGAGAGCAUGAAGUUUUCCAACGUCAAGAUUGAAGAGGGAGAACCAAUCCUUUCUCAAGUUAUCGUCCCAUGCUUCUGCGUUGUCAAUGCCGACCACAAACCAAGCUCGUGCCUCUACAAGCUGAGAGAGCCGGAGAUGAGAACCCGUGGCCGUCCACUCCUUGAGGAUAUCUUUCAACAUUUGCGAGACUCCGAGGAAAAAUUCGUUGAGGAAGAGUGUCGUUUAGCGAGCGAACGCCAAGCUAACAUCUCUGAGCAGUUCCUUCCCAAUGUGUCCGAAGAAACUAUCGCUCAAACCGUGGGUCAAGGAUAUCGUCAGUACAGACCUCAGAAUAAGGGGUACGGUAUGUACCGUCUGGUUGUGGAGAUGUAUCGAAAGGUGUCUGCUGUGGAUGGAAUGAAAAAGAAGAUCGAGAAGAAGACUAAAGAAAUAAACGAAAACUUUGAAAAGAAGGUUGCUGAGGUGGUCAAAGCCAAUCAGGAGACUCUACAAGAAUGGGAAAAUCAAUCGAAAAAGGAUAAGAACAAAAGACGUGCAGCUCCAGGGUCUUCCGGCAAUCAGCCUAUGAAGGCUCCACGUCAUAAUUGA